CUGACAUUAAAACACUUUGAAGAACAUUUUACCCUGUUUGAAAUAAGUUCCGGGUUUAAAAUAUUUUUUGUGAUGGUCAAGUUAAGCAUUUGCUCUUUCUGGAUUCUGUUAAUAGCAACAUCUUCUUUCUUGUUUCUGGAAACAAGAGCAAAGGAAGGCAUUGCGCACGAGCACAAAGACCAUCCCGUGCAAAGGAAUGCAGGAAAGAAAGAAAUCCUACCAGCCUUCGAAGACCCCGAAGUAACUGUGACUGUAACCGAGACCCAGUAUGUUACUAUUACGGUACCUCCUGCUUCCAAAUGCAACCUUACGACUACGCAAGUUCACACGCAAUAUUUGACGACGUUUUCUGAAGCAUCAACAGUAACAGAAACUACGACAAUUCAAACUAUAGCUCUUGAAACGGCUACCACUAUAAAGGUUACUCCUACUGAUACAGAAACUACGACUUCAGUGUUGAGUACACAGACAACUACAUUUUUAAAGGAGACGACGAACGUAGUGACGACUGCGAAGACUGAAGUUCUACUGACAGAAACAUCGACAGUUGAAUUGACGGUGACAACUCCCAUCGCGGUUACAACCACUAUUGUCGCCACCCAAACACCAACUCCUUUCGUCCUAGUAAAAAGUGCAGGAAAAAGGGAUUCCGUAAAACACCGGUCUCAACGAGUUAGACGAUCGUGGUACACGAAACUCAUUCCAAACGUCGUAAAGAAAUGGAUAGGGAUGAAAGAAUGAAAGAACUGUUAAAGAAUAUCUAAAUCUUAAUAAAGAGCCUGUAUUAAGCAGACGCCAUUUGUUAAACGGACAGCAAAGUUUACAGCCCUGAAAUUUUCUUUCCAUAUUUACUGUAAAACAAAGUAAUCCUUUUCAGCGACUGGCUGACAUCCUUUAUUAAAGGACAACAGCCAAUAUGUUCGCUUAAUAGAGAAGCCAGUAACCCUAUAAUUUUUUUUAAUUUAAAGAUGCUUUUAAUAUCCUAUGUUAUAAAAAUUAUUAUCAAAUAAAUAUUAUUAAAUGACAUUAAAAGUUUAAUACCCGAUUAAUA